AUGCUCGCUAGCGCGGUAAACACCCAUCCGUAUCCAAAGGAGUUUAAUAAUGGAGAUGCCACCACUGUCAUUAUCCCUGAGAAUGUGUAUACCGACGAAUCGCUUAACGUCAUUACCGCGGUGGUGUGUGGUAAAUGUGCUUCCGCUAGAAAACCGUCCACCUAUGAUGCACCCGAGGACACUUCCAAAUCCCGGCAGAAGAUAAAUCAGGCCGAUCAGAUGGGUAGGAAGUUUAUAUAUUUUGGUAAAUGGCACGGGAAUAGAGAUAUUUUGGAAAAACAGAUAUUCGCAUGGAGGGUGGCGGACGAGGCGGGUGAGUUCCGGAUGAGUGUAGACGAUGGGUUUCCGGGACAAAUAUGGAGACGAGUAGGAAGAGAAAGGCGACGUAGACGGUGA